CGGGGCGGGCCUGGGGUCCGGAAGCUGCUCCAACUCGGCCUUCCCUCGCCACGUCUGGGGUCUCUCGUCGCUGGCUGGCGAUGGGCUCGGCGGGCGCCCGGGGGCGCGCCACGUGGGUGCUGGCCGGGGGCCUCCUGGCUGCCGCCCUGGCGCUGCCCGCGGGGCCCGGGGACCGAGGCCGGCUCCCCGGGGACCCGGGUCCCCUCUGGCGCCCCCUCGGCGCCCAGCCUUCCCCGGAUCCCCGCUCGGCUCCCGGGGUGGGGCCAGAGCAGACCGCGGAGGACUUGCCCCAUGGGAUUUGGCCCAGUGUGGAAAGCUCUCACUUUCUGACUGCAGUAGAAGCACCAUUUGGAAUGAAAUUCAAUAAGAAAACUGAAGUCUUUAACCCACCCCCGACUUCUGCAGCCUCUAGUGGGCCUUGGAUUCAUUCCGUAUUUGCUUUUAUACCCUCGUGGCCCAAGAAGACCUUGUUUAAAAGAGAGUCUGCUGUAACACACCACUUGUAUGGAGACAUUUCAAGAGACAUUCAAGGAACUUCUGAGAAUGGAGUAAUUUUUCAGAAAUGUGCAGUGGUGUCCGUGCAGAGCGAGUGGCCGACAGCCCACGUGCGACUGUUUGUGAACAACACCAGGACGCCCACGGCUGCCAACCUCUCUGACCUGCUCUUACUGGACAACAUCACGGGCCUCACCGUUAGGGAGUCGGCUGGAAACCAGACCUCAAGAGGGUUCCAGGCUUUCAGGAAGAAGUUUCUGCAAGUUGGAGACUCCUUCUCCGUCAGCUACACAGCCUCGCUCGAAGCCAGAGACGUUGGGAGUGGAGAGGUCCUGAUGCUUCCUGCCCAGCUCUCCUUCCAGAGUUCAUCACCGAACAGAGCCCAGCUAAAAGCCCUUUUCACCAUAACAACAGAAGAAAAGAUAACGGUUCUACCAAACCACGGCCUCCACGCAGCAGGGUUCUUCGUGGCCUUCAUCCUCUCCCUGGUGCUGACCUGGGCUGUGCUUUUCUUCAUGGUUCGAUAUCAGUGUUUGAAGGGAAGCGUGCUUACCAGACAUCAGGUUCAGCAUCAUGAGAGCAAGCUGGAGCGCUCCCAGUUCACCUCAGCUGAUGGUGUGAAUGAAGAUCUCGCUCUAAAUGACCAAAUGAUAGACAUUCUGUCUUCAGAGGACCCCGGGAGCAUGCUUCAAGCCUUAGAAGAGCUGGAAAUUGCAACCCUGAAUCGGGCAGACUCAGAUCUGGAAGCUUGUCGAACCCAAAUCAGCAAAGAUAUCAUUGCUCUUCUACUGAAAAAUCUUACCAGCAGUGGCCAUCUCUCCCCUCAGGUAGAGAGGAGGAUGGGUGCUGUUUUCAAAAAGCAGUUUCUGUUGCUGGAGAAAGAAAUUCAAGACGAGUAUGAUCGGAAGAUGGUGGCCUUGACAGCUGAGUGUGACCUGGAAACAAGAAAGAAGACAGAAAGCCAGUACCAGAGGGAGAUGGCAGCAAUGGAGGAAGCAGAAGAGAUGCUGAAACGUGUUAGUGAGAGGUCCGCUAUCGAAUGCAGCAGCCUCCUGCGGACCCUCCAUGGCCUGGAGCAGGAGCACCUGAGGAGGUCCCUUGCUCUGCAGCAGGAGGAAAACUUUGCCAAGGCCCACAGGCAGCUGGCCAUUUUCCAGAGGAAUGAACUGCACAAUAUCUUUUUUACCCAGAUAAAAAGUGCUAUUUUCAAAGGGGAACUGAAGCCAGAGGCAGCGAAAAUGCUGCUGCAAGAUUACUCUAAAAUACAGGAGAAUGUAGAAGAGUUAAUGGACUUUUUCCAGGCUAGUAAGAGAUACCAUCUCAGUAAAAGAUUUGGCCACAGGGAGUACCUGGUCCAGAACAUACAGUCAUCAGAGACCCGUGUGCAGGGCCUGCUUAGCACUGCUUCUGCUCAGCUGACCCUCCUUAUCCAGAAACACGAGAGAGCAGGCUACUUGGAUGAAGAUCAGAUGCGGGUGCUCUUGGAGCGGGCUCAGACAGAAGUCUUUUCUAUAAAACAGAAGUUGGACAAUGACUUAAAGCAGGAAAAGAAAAAACUCCACCAAAAAUUAAUAAUUAAGAGAAGGCGAGAGAUGCUGCAAAAGCACAAGGAGCAGCGGAGGGAGCAGCUGUCCAUCGCUGAAGCCUUCGGGGCGGCUGAGGAUGCUCGCCAGUACAUGCGCCAGUGGCGGAGCCUGGUGGCCGAGCACAGCGCCACCCUGGAGGAGCUGCAGGAGCGCCUGGACCAGGCUGCCCUGGACGAGCUCAGGGCCCUGACCCUCUCACUGUCCGAGAAAGCCACGGAGCAGCUGCGGCGGCUGCAGAACUCGGUGAUGACCCAGGAGCUGCUCAAGCGCGGGGUCCCCUGGCUCUUCCUGCAGCAGAUCCUGGAGGAGCACAGCAGGGACCUGGCCGCCCGGGCCGAGCGGCUCGAGGGCGAGGAGAGGGACAGGGGCCAGGAGGGCAUCCAGAGCGUGAGGCAGAGACUGAAGGACGAUGCCCUGGAGGCCUCCACGGAGGAGCAGGCGGAGCUGAGACACUGGGAACACUUGAUCUUCACGAAGCUCUGGUCCUCUGCCUUCUCUCUGUCCGAAGAGGAGCUGCUUGGGAUGAGGCAGGAAGUUCACGGCUGCUUUGCUCAGAUGGACAGGAGCUUGGCCCUUCCCAAAAUCCGGGCCCGAGUCCUGCUGCAGCAAUUUCAAACCGCGUGGCGAGAAGCAGAGUUCCUGAAAUUGGACCAGGCACUGGCCGCCCCUGAGCUGCAGCCACAGUCCAAGGCGAGGAAGCCACGCUCCAAGAGCAAAAGCAAGACAGACCUUUUGAAGAAGUGCACUGAAGAUAAAAUUCAGCUCUUUGAGGAACAGGCUCCCGAAGACCUGGUUGAAAAGGUCCGAGGAGAGUUGCUUCGCGAGAGGGUGCAGCAGCUGGAGGCCCAGGAGGGACGCUUUGCCGAGUCCCUCGUCUCCCUGCAGUUCCAGAAGGCGGCCAGGAUGGCCAAGACCCUGUGGGCGUACACCGCCCUCCUGACCAUCCAGGACCUGCUCCUGGAGGAGCUGAGUGCAUCAGAGACCCUGACCAAGUCAGCCUGCGCGCAGAUCCUGGAGUCGCACAGCCCGGAGCUCCAGGAGCUGGAGAGGAAACUGGAGGACCAGCUGGCGCACCAGGAGGCGGCCCAGCUGCAGCGGGCCCUGGAGAGUCGACAGCAGUGGGCAGGUGAGGGGCCUGGGCUUCUGCACGAGCCGGAGGAGGAGACGGAUGCUGAAAGGCAGGUUUCGGCUGUCCUGCGACGGGCCCUGAGCAAGGGUCAGAAGCUACUGGAGCAUCACCAGCAGAGUUUGAGAGAGGAGCAAGAGAACAGUGUCAUGCUUGAAGAUUUGCUGGAGAAUAUGGAGACGGACACCUUUGUGACCCUGUACGGCCAGGAGCUGAGACUGGCGUCCUACCUGUCGAAGCUGACGAUGCUGCCGGGGGGCACGCUGCGUUGGCUCCUGAGCGUGGCUGUGCCUGCAGCCUUGCAGCCCGAGCUGCUCUCCGUGCUGGAUCCCGUGGGCCAGAGGCAUCAGGACCACACAGCGGAGAGUGACGGCGGCAGGGCACAGGCCGACCUGGGCAGGAGGGGGAAACAUCAGGGCUGGUGGCAAGCCUUUGAGAGCAAACUUCGAGGAGAACUGAUAAGCAGAGGAUUAGAAAAGAUGCGCUGGGCUCACAAGAGGAAGGAGAGCAUACUAAAGAAGACGUGUCCCCCUCUCAGAGAGAGGGUGAUAGUCUCUGGAAAAGGAAGUUGGCCACACCUGUCACUGGAGUCCGUUGGUGAACUGGCCCUGGUGCCCAUUGUAGGGGCAGAAACCAUUGAUUUAUUAAACACGGGCGAAAAGCUCUUCAUCUUCAGAAAUCCAAAGGAGCCGGAGAUCUCACUGCACCUUCCUCCCAGGAAAAAGAAGAAGAACUUUCUGAAUGCCAAAAAGGCCACUUGGGCCUUGGGCAUGAACUAGCCCAAAGGAAAGCUCCAAGGAGUCUGAAGCCAGAAAGAUUUGUUUCCUCCUGCCCACAUGGGUGUGUGUGUGUGUGUUUAUAAUGUACAACUUGCAGGUAUUCAUUGCACUUGCAGAGGACACAUCCAUCCACUCUCCCUCCCUCACCACGACUUUCAUGGGCUCAGUUUAAUCUGGUCCCAUGAAUUCCCAGAUGGUCCAUUCCCUUCAGCAUCGCAAGGGACAUGAAGAGACAGGGGACCAGCCCGUGAACCCUCGUUGCUUUCAGUCCCACCUUGCUGAGGGUCUGGAGGAGCCCCAGGCCCCUAAUUCACAUCCCCGCAACACCUGGCUGAAGAGUGGGCUGUGUGUUGAAGGCAAGGCUCUCUCUUCUCUCACAUUGUGUGUUUGUUACAUAUUCUAUUUUUAUCAAGGGAGCUUUUGAAAAUCAUUUUACCUAAAGCUCUUCUCAAGGGAACUUGUCUUUGCUUUCUGUAGGAACCAUUUAUUUUUAAUCCCUUCUUGGGUUUUGGCCCCCACGUUGUGAUGUUCAAUAGAAAUUUGCCCUCCAUCUUUCCAGGGGCCAGAAGGUGUGCCAGCCACUGGGCGAUACCAUAUCCAACUCAAAUCAGGAAACUCAGAGGCUUAAGAAGGUGAGGGGAUUUAGGCAAGAUCAUAAAGCCAAUAAGUAACAAAGUCAGGACUCCACUGAACUCCUUACGGCCCCAAACCCUUGUCCCUUCUCCUGGACUUGGUAAAUGGACACAUACCUGCCCUCAGGUGUUUGCCAACAAACUGACUGCACACAGGUCCUCGUGUUGCACAAAGUGCUUUCCUGUGCCCUGACCCUCUCCAUCCUCACAGUAUGGUUGGAUCAUUAUACGAGCUUUUCUGAGAACCAGGCAAAGAAUACAAUUAUAAUGGGUCUUUCCUAAACGUGGGAAAUGAUUAGUCAGGGAAUCCUGUCACCAGCGAGAAGAAAAGGGAUUCUGAUGAAGCAUCUCCUACAUGAGAGUUGCUUCUAGACCCUUACAGCUAUUUGAACCCACUUCUUUUUUUUUUUUUUUAUACGGCAGGUUCUUAUUAGUUAUCCAUUUUAUACAUAUUAGUGUAUAUAUGUCAAUCCCAAUCUCCCAAUUCAU